AAUUCAUUUCAGCACAGCGGUUUUUUGCUCUGAGUACUUGCUAGCUUCAAGGCUAACGACAGCGCCUGCGAAGACAUGUAAACAAAGACCCCGUAUCGCUAUUUACAUUUGCACUUAGAGGGGUACAAUGGGGAAAAGGGAUAAUAGAGUGGCCUAUUUGAAUCCCAUUGCGGCAGCUCGCGCAAAGGGACCGUCUGGGCCUGCAGGCCCUUCGAUUCAGGAUUACCUGAGUAGACCCAGGCCGACAUGGGAAGAGGUAAAGGAGCAGUUGGAGAAGAAGAAGAAAGGCUCCAGGGCCCUGGCUGACUUUGAGGAUAAAAUGAAUGAGAGAUGGAAGAAGGAGCUGGAGAAAAACAGAGAGCGCAUCCUUGGCGGACGUGACAAGAAAGAUAAGAAGGGCAAAGACAAGAACGAGAAAAAGAAGAAAGAAAAGAAGAAAUCAAGUAGGCAUUCUUCAUCUUCUUCCUCCUCCUCAUCGAGUUCUGAUUCCUCCAGCAGUUCUUCUUCAGAGUCUGACGAGGAUGAGAAGAAAGGCUCGAAAAAGAAGCGUAAGAAAAAGCGAGCCGCGCCAAAAAAGGAAUCGGAAAGUUCCUCCUCUGAUUCAGAUGCAGACAGUAAGGAUUCGACAGCGAAGAAAAAGAGGAAGCUUGCGGAGGCAGGUGGGGCCGAAGUGAAGACGGAGCCGGGCAUCAUGGCCGAAGGUGACGUCAAGACUGAAGCGGAGAUCAAGACGGAAGCCGAAGUGAAGGAGGAGCCCGAAGACGGGGAAAUGGACAGUGCAGAGGAUGAAGAAAAGGAGGAGAGUGAGGAUGGCGAUAGGACUUUUGUUCUUUUAGGAUGGAAAUCCAACGAUGCAGAAUUGGAAAAUGAGUAUAAGAAGAAGACGGUGAUCGUGGAGAGGAGGAUGGAGGUGAGAAAGAUUGUGGAGGAGAAGAAACCAGAGGAGGAGGCGGCGGCAGCAGCUACCGCAGCCAUGGCAACGGAGGAGAACAAGAACGCUACAGAGGAGAAGAAGGGCUCAGAGGAGCGCGAGAAAUCCACAGAUAAAUCAAAUAAAAAGAAGAAGAAGAAGAAGCACAAGAAGCACGGCAAGAAGAAGAAGAAGAAGGAGCGGUCCUCCAGCUCCGACUCGGACUAAAGUGCUCAUCAAGGUUGCAUCUGGGCUGCUGGGGAAAAGGAAGGAGGAGGAGGAGGGGGGGGGAGGUCUGCUAUGUGUCAUACAUCAUCAUGCCGACAGGGAUGAACUAACCAGGCGUGCGGUUCUCGAACUUAAGUUCGCAACUUACUUGGUUGCAAUUCAGUUUUCCCAUUUCAAACCAACUAAGUUGUUGACUGCGCACGUGCGUGCAUGCUGUCUAGAAACGCACCCCUGACUCUCAGCAGGUGAAUGUGUUGUAGUUCCGCCAAGCUCCACAUGGUGGUGCUCCACUGGGCUCCACACACAUCCAUUUGGGAUCUCAUCCCAUGGGAACUAACCUGACUCAUGUACUCAUCCCAGGAAAAGGUGCGGGACGAAGGCCAACUGUAGUUUUCAAAGUGAGAAGUCUGCACACUUAUAAUCCUUUUUGUUGUCUUUUUUAUUAUUUCAUGGCUGGAUUAUGUUUCGACUUCCAACAGUCUAGACAGGUAGAGAACGGGUAGAUAAUCUGAUGAAGACUGUUGAAGGUAGAGGAUCUGAUGAAGACCGUUGAAGUCGAAGCGUAAUCCAUGAAAUAAUAGGAUUAUAAGUGUGCAGACUUCUCACUUUGAAAACUACAAGUAACCUGACUCUUCCCAGAUGACUGGGUUCCGACUUGCACCAUGAACAAUCAUCUGGCCGUAUGCAAUAGGAAUAGGUCUGUUAAGAUGUGGUUUUUAAUCCAACAAAUCCUUGCACGUAAUUGGGGAAACACUUGGCUGACAUUUUUUAAUAAAGUCCUACUUUAAAGGAGUAUGCCACUAUUUUGGGGCUUAAUACAGUUAAAAUCGUUGGCCAGGGUUUAUAAAGGUGGUAAAGUGUCUUAUUUUUCAUGUAAGCCGUUGUCUUGUUUUAAGACAAGUUAAAAGAAUGAGCAUGUCGCUAAGCUAGUGAAAGUCAAUGGAGCCGUGUGGCAUGUAGCAAUGCUACAUGGAUG